GGUGGGUGUAUGCACGAUCAUUGUAGAUCCCUCCACCCCCUCAAUAUCAGCCCUUUUUCGCUUAUUAUUGCUUCGCCCUCUCCCCCACAAAGCGUGUCCUAUUAUCUUGCCAUCUCUGGGACGGCGUGUGUUUUUUCCUCUCUUAUUUUCUAUUUCGUUUUUAGCUUUUUCCUACCAGAGCAACCGACCGCUGACACUUGUCACACACGGACGAUUUGGAUGUACACACACGUGCACUAACCGGUGACUGUUGGCAAAUUUUCAAUCGCUACACAUUGGCGUUGGGCACAGCUUUUGCCACAAAUUGUGGCUCGCGCGUGCGCAAGGGCAAAUGUCGCAGAAGUGUAGUGAGGUAGUAUGUAUAUAUCGUAGGGAAUUAUUCGUCCAGUAAAAGAGUACAACUGAACAACCAGAUUAAAAGAUACUUUUUUUAACGAGACAAUACACGAUAGGGAAAAUAUAGCAAUAUCCUGAACAUUCAUAUUAUUAUUCCCGGGAGAGAUGUUUAAACCCCGGGACAAGUAAGAGUUUUUCAAAUACAUCUUUAGCAAAAUUAUCAUAACAGAACAUAGAGAAAAAGUUCAUUAUAUUACUAAUAACUUUCUAAAACAACGUUAAUUUUUGGCCAUUUUCAUAUUACUAGUUAAUUUGGCCAGUCUGGUGGUACAGUAGUCAACUCGUACGACUUAACAACACGCCCGUCAUGGCUUCAAGCCCCGAAUGGACCGUGCCCCCAUACGUAGGACUGAAUAUUCUGCUAUGGUAACAAUAAAUCAAAGAAUGCCAAGCUCACUUUACCAGUGGGUACAGGCAGGCCUUGACCCCGACAACGAUUGUUGUGCCAAAAAAGAAGAAGAAGUUAUUUUGGCCAGGUUACAAGGCCACGUAACUAAAUUUCAAAGACCCCUAUACUCUAAAGAGUACGCCGGAAUUAAUGGUCUUGAAUUAAAAUGAGGUACUUAUGACGAUCUCUUAAGAGACCUAAUACCAAAACCAAACCCAUAUUGGUCCUGACACCAAUACAUAAGCUUUUCUGGUUCAAGAACUACACAAGACCUAAUGCCAGUACUGAACCUGAUACUGAUCUAUGCCGGUCCAGGAACCGAUACUAAACACAAAACGGUCUAGGAACCAGCACUGGUCAAACCGGUCCAAAAACUGAUUAUGAACCCAAACCUGCCCUAGAACCUAUCAAGGAACCAUACAGGUUUUGGAACCGAUCAUGAACCCAUAGCGGUCCUGGGACUGAUCAUGAACCCAUACCGGCCCUGAAACUUAUCAAGAACCCAUACCGGUCUCAGAAUCGCUGACGAACACGUAUCUGUCCUGGAACCUAUCAUAAUCACAUCCGCUCCAGGAAGAAAUCCUGAACUCAUACCUGCCCUAAAUCCUUUCAUGAACCCAUUUUAGUUUACGAACCGAUCAUAAACCCAUACCGGUCCUAGAACCUAACUUGCACCCAUACCUGUGCUGGAACUGAUACUGAACCCAUACCGGGCCUGAAACCAAUCAUGAACCCAUAGCUCCCUAUUUUCGAUUAUUUUCAGAUACAGUAUCUGGAACUGUUCUGGAUUCGGAUCAAUACUUGGACCUGAUCUAGAUCUGGAACCGAUACAAUUCCAGUUCUAUCCGACAAACCAUACCCGGUAGCAAAUGUGCAUCGUAUGUAUAGUUUAGGAAUUAGUGUAUGAAUUAGUGUAGGAAUUACUGUGGGAAUCUUAGUACAAUUUGUAUCCUGAUAAAAAAUCAAAUCUGUCAUAUUUACCUGCUUCUGAUUUCAGAAAAAGAUAAGUUUUAGAAAUAAAGCGGAAUGACAAACAAUAUCUAAAAUCUAAAACAUGAAAUUGAAAAAUUAUGUUUUAAACUACAAAUACAAAUCUAAAAUUUCUUCACGUCAUACAAUCUUGACUUGAUCUACACGCCAAUCGGUACAAUCUUCACGUAAUACAAACUUGAAAAAUAAAUUAUAAAUUCACUCAUAACAAAUCAGCAAAUGGAAGGAGAAAACAAAUAAAUAAUAAUUUAAACAUACACCUCCAUCAAAUUGGAGGAGACGAUCUUUCUUAUAAACGUGCAUCUUUUGUUUAAAUUGUUUCACAAACGACAUCUACUUAAAAGAAGGAGUAAAACGGCGAAUGUAACAGACAGCGUAAUAUCGCAACAUAAAGCUAACGACCUUUAAAUAACAUCGGACGAUUUUCAUUUAUCCAUUUUCAAUAUUAAAUAGAGGUUUUUGAAGAGGAUUGGAUAUUAUGAUUAGAUAUUUUGCUUAAAAUUAAACCAAAUGCUUGUCAUGCGAUGAAACAGUAAUUGAAGAAGUACAGCGAUAAAGAAGUCUUAGACUCGCAGCAAGAUAAGAUUGACACUCUCGAGCAAUUGUUUCUGUAUUUUAAUAUUUUAAGCAACAUUUUAUCAGCUCUUCAAACCACCUUCGGCUGGAAAACAUUCACAUUUCAAAUGGGACACCAAUGCCAUCAGCGCAUACAACGCGUCCAGAUUUUGCACCAAGACAUGUGCAGCAAGCAAACUCUAGCCAAACUCGUUGGUAGAGUUAUUCACGCAGCCCUCCGCUAUGGUGAGCGGGGUUCGUUGGAAGAUACAGGCCAGAGCAAGCUACAGAAAAGCAGGCCCGCGCUAGAACGCAUCCAGUGUCGUUAACUGAUCCGGAACGAGUCAAGAGAACUGCGACCCCGGUCGAAGAAUAUGUGCAGCAGCGCAAGGUACACAGCGGUGGGUCUCAAAACUGUGGCGCUAACAUACAGGUAUUUUCCCUGCCUCGAUGUGUGUGUGUGUGUGUGCUUGUGGGAGGAAGGGGGAGCGCCAGAGGACAGGCAUUUCACGCAACGUGAUUUGUGUAUUCGUUUUUCCCUCCGUCUUUAACUUUUCUUUUCCAGCGCAUUUUCAAUGCCAGUUUGACUGUGAUCGCCCUCCCGGCCCCACUGACAAACCGACCCAUUGCACCUGACUUGCAGCAAGCAAUUCAUGUGGGGGAGCGGUGGACAGAUGGGUGGGAGGACACACCGAUCCAGACUGCGGUGGCGCUGCCAAACCAACCAAAUCCCGGCUCGGCUGCAGUGCCCCAUACAGCCCCAUCACGGGGCUCGUUCGUCAGCCCUUACGAUUCGCCCGCCACCCUUAUGCCCUGGGAUGGAUGGGGACGGAAGAUGUACCACAAAAUGGAACUGGAAAUAAAACUGAGUAAAAAAAACAGAAACAGUAGAUUUACCCACAGCAACGGCAGCAGCCAGCUGCAAUCUGCCCCCCCAUAAAGAAGCGGGGAGAAGACCCAUGUUAGGGAUGCAGGCUGGGAAAGGCUUCCCUUCUUGCGCGUCCGUCCGUCCAUCCGCUACGCUGGGCUGGCUGGAGAGAUGGGGCACGGUUGUGUACGUUUCGGUCGGAGGUGGUUGCCACUUUCGGUUCGGUGUGGAGUCGGCAGUCUACAAAUGACUUUCGACGACGAAACUCUUAGUGUGGUGCUUAUGCGAUCCACCACCGCCAGCGAGCUCCGCAAGCCUAACGACGCCACCAACGCCGCCAAGUAUUCGGUGCAAGUACGGCUCAAUUAAAUAGGGCACAGUGUUUCAACAACUUCGAUAGGGCCUGUUUCUGGUGCAGCUUUGAUAUCUCGCUACGCAGCAGGUGCAAAAUUACCGAAAGGGUUUGAAAAAGUUCAGUUGCGUUUUGUUGUAAUUGGUGCAAUGUGUCGUCCAUUCUGGAUCUUUCUGUGCUGUGUCGUGACGUUUAAUGUUGUUUUUGGACGUACCAGAACUAUUCGCAAUCUAUACGGACAGCGAUGCUCGAAUCGCUUGGAAACGGCCCUCGAUACAACGCUAAGGCGAAGCCAGCAACGCUCGGGUUCUAGUUCUAUUAUCGAUUUUUCCGAUAACGGACAGCCGCACCGGCCCACACUAUUUGAUGCCGUCGGUCAACGGUCGCCGUUCAGCAGUAACAGUUACAACAACGAAGAGAUACAGCAGAUAGUGUCCGAGUACAAGCAAAAGCUAAACAGCCCUUCGAACAGUGUCACGUCGCCGUUGUCGUCCUACUUCCAGCCGUCCAGCAGCAGCAGCAGCAGCCCGGGCGCCGCACAAGUCGAGGUGGCAAACCUGCGCGUCCGGAUCCCGCAAAACCACCAGUGGGUCGUGGUGGACCGGUGCCAGUUCAUCGAGCAUAAUCGCACGCUCGACACGAAGCUCGAGUUUCCCGAUCUGCAGAUCAGUGGGCGCGUGAUCAUGCACCCGUCCGGUGGUCGCUGCGAUAUGAUCCUACGGCUGCGGCGCGCGGGCAUCGAAUUUCGCACCAUACCGCUCAUACCGUCGGGGCUGGGCGAACGCAGCCGGCAGGCGAACGUGCGCACCGAUUCACACUUUUCCGAGCCCGGUUUCAUCUCCGUCUUUGCGCACAGCUGCGAGGGUCCGAGCGGCAUCAAGUAUCGCAUCAACUCGAAACGGCGCCACUUUUUCAACCGCCAGCCAGCGGCUGCCACCGGACCCUCCUACUACGGGCGCGACCGGCGAAGAUCGUUGGACUAUCUGGACGAUGAUUUGAUCGGCAGCGACGGGCUGCACGAUGUGCUCAAGCUGAACGACGGGGACGCACUGUUCCUGUCGCCCUCCACCUUCGUCAACCUGGACGGGGAAGACCGGGAGGGUUUUGGACAGACGGCAGACGGCUCCUCGAGCGCCAAUCUUGACCCGAACAGCAGAACGUUCUUUGCCGAGCGGAAUCCGUUCUCCUAUUCGGCGUACGCCGGUGGACCAGCGUCCGGCAGCUAUGGUAAUGGUCCCGCCGCCCAUGCCAACCCGGACAAGGGCUGGCAUAAUGUGGAAACGAACGAAGCGUUGGACGAUGCAUACUCCAACGAAAUCGAUAACCUCUUCUCGAAAGGAGUGCGCGGUCUCCUUACCACCUACAUGCAGAAAGCUCUCCAGCCCGCGAUUAAGGAAACGCUCAUGGAAAGCAUGGGCUACACAUUGUCCUACGGAUAACUUUCGCCCGGAUGUUCGGGUGCAGCAUGUUAAUAUGUAAUAAAUUAUUUGUGCUAUUUAAUGAAA